CUAGCUCACAUUGCUGUUCAUCAGAAUGAGUCAAGUUGCAGAAUACUGAAUCUGAGUUAAUAUGUAAAUGUGGUUGGUCAUAUGAUAAUGAGCGUAUGCUUGUGACUCAGUAACAUUUCUGAAUGACCAGUUUUUGCAAAUGCCUACAUCAGUCUUUUCUCUGAAAAAUCCAGUUAUGCCCCCUUUUAAGCCACUACACUUUGAAAAAUUAAAUCAUAUUUGCUUUUUAGAGGUAAACUUUUACCUGAAUGGAGUGUAUUGAAGGUGAAAUGCCAUCUCACGUAUGUGUCUAGUCACCCUGUCUUCUCAUCCAUCACAUUCAGAGUCCAGAUGUGACCUAGUGAUACAGAGAAUCAGAGUACACACAUGCUGCUCUCCGAUGAUUGAUUGGUUGACCUCUGUCCAUGAUAAAGACCUCUGAAGAGCUGUAAUCUCAUGCGACGUAAAUCAAGUCUUCUUGCCCGAGGCUCGUGUAUAUCAGCUCAAUGCAGCAGCAAGACCACAUGCUCCUGCCUGAUGACCCCUCAUGUCCUCCUGUCUGACCAUGCUGCACCUCCCUCCCCCUCCUCUCUGCUCCUCCUCCUCCUCAUGAUCAUCAGUCAUCAACCAUGUCUCUCCAUGUCCCUCCUUUGCAGCUCCGGCAUCCUCUGGUUUAAUUAAAUGGCCAGGCACGCACGCACACACACACACACACACACACAGGCUCAAGCUAUGAUAAUAUACCCAGUCUUAAAGGCAUAGUUCACCCAAAAAUUAAAAUGAAUCAUUUACUCCAGCCAUUUCAAACCCAUAUGCUGUUACUUUUCCAUGCAGCACAAAAGGAGAUGUUCUUCAGAAAAUGUCUAGACUAUAUUCCUAGUCUUCUGAAGUCAUAUGAUGUUGAUCUUGUAAAUAGUCUGCCAUAGCUCACAAAUCAAAUAUGGCACAGGUUGGACAUCAGUUAUAUCAAAUGUCAUUGUUUCUCCUGUGCUUUGCAACCUAAAAAGUAAUUGACACGAUGCAAAGGCGCUAUGCUUGAUUGGAAUGCUGCUGCGAAGGGGAACAUUUUUAGUCAAUAGUGGCUUCAAUUUUGUUCUGUUUCUUCAGUGAUGAAAUAAAGCUAAUUGAAAUAAAGCUAAAAUAAAAUAUAAAUAUUAGAUGGAUAACUUAAAUUAGAAAAAAAAUAAUUGGAAAUGUUGCCUCUGUAACUAAAAUAAAAAUUAGGGCGUUUUAUUUGAAGUUGAUGCACUAAAACUAAAACGAAAUAAAAUAAUUACAAUAAAAUUAAUUAUUUCUAAAAACUAACUAAUAAAAAUGAUCAAAGCAGAUUACAAAAGUACUGAAACUUGAACUUAAACUAAAAUGACAAAUGAAAAUAAACACAGUAUAUACAGUAUUGAAGUUAAAUUGAAAUAUUUAAAAGAUAAUGAAUAAAUUAAAAACAAAAUGUAUUCAAAGUCCAUAUGAAUGAAUUUUAUUCCUCCAGUGUUGUUGUUUUUAAUUAAACUAAAACUAUCAAAAAUUGUUUUUGUUCAUUGAAAAAGCUCAAACAAAACACAAAUAUUAGAUGAAAUACAAAAACUUAAAUGAAAAUGAUAAAUGCUGCCUUAGCACCUAACUAAAAUAAUAUUUAAAAAUAAAUAUUUAAGCAAAGUUUAAAGUAAAGUACAGAAAUUACUAAAAAAGAAAAAUAAAGCUAAAUAAAAAAAUAAUAAGAUUAUUAAAAAUGACAAAAGCCUAAACAGAAUUGCUAAAACUGAAAAUAAGUUCAUUCUAAAUAAUUAUCACUAAUAGUAUAUAAAUGUUACUAAAAUCACACUGUAUCUAUUGUACAGCUUCAGAAGACCUAGAAAUAGCAUGCUUGUCACUUCUAUAGUGCUUUUUGUCCCUUUUGGAGUUUUACAGAUGAUCUGAUGUUGCAUGAAAAAGAGAGAUGUGUACAUUAUUUUAAAUGUGUACUUCUGUGUUCCACAGAAAGAAAAAAACAGCAUUCAGGUUUGGAUAACAUGAGGGUGAGUAAAUAAUGAGCUAUUCCUUUAAGCCGAAACAGUGGAUGGAGAGAAGGAGAGAGAGGGAUGAAUACAGAGGAGUCUAACCCUUCUGUUUAUUCGCUGCCGUUAGGUCUGCGCGUGUGCUUUACUCCCAUCACUCCCUCCCUUUCCCAUUGGCUGCUUUCCUCUCCCACACACAGACACGGACACACACACACACACACACACACACACACACAUGCUCGCACUGGCUCUGAGCUCAGACACCAGAGUUGACGUUCUCGAGCGGAGGUCGAGAGAGGGACAGAUGGGAUCCACACACACACCGGAAAGAGGCACACGACGCUCCGUGCAGCACUGAUCACGACCGAGACAUCGAGAAGAGACUCUGGCAUGGAAAAGAGGACAGCGAGACGGAGGAAAGAAGAUGUUACGGAAUGAGCAGGAUGGGAUUGAGAAACCUGAGCAUCGCAGAACCUUCCUGAAGACGACAACAAGAUCUCCUUUUAGUUUCCAGCGCUUCUGAAAAGGACACUUUUGAACGGCUCAUGCACUCGUGCUUGGAUUGAACGGGAAGUUUCUGAUGUUCCAGUUCUGUUCCUGUCUCAAGAAAAUGAUGAGGUGAACAACACAAGCAAAAGAAACUCAAGGACAAAUGUGAGAGAUAAAAGUCAGCUUGAAGAGAUGCAUUGCCUAGUCCUGGACUGUCAGGAUAUGCUACACCAGAGAGGACUGUGCACACAAGCUUUGAGUUGGAAAGUAGGGCAUUAAAGGUGUCGGGACAUCCUCUCACUGGUCAGCCUGAAAACUGUAUCCUAUUAACAUUUUAUUUGCCUUGAUAUUUUUAGGACAAGCAUGGUUACAACUGCUGCAGACAUACACGGUGAGAGUUAUGUGACGUGAGAUUUUGCUCUUGGCUAUGAAACCAUGAUGCAGACUUCUGGGACAUACUCGCAAGCCUACCCUGCCAAAGUUUCAUGUUCUUCAGGACUUACGCAAAGAGAGUAUCAACAAGGUUGCUCAUUGAGUGUUUAAGUGCUCCUGUGGACUAAUGGGGCUGAAGCUCAGGAUACACCCAGUCCCUCUUUUGCAUAUGAAGACACUUGCUUAUAAAGACUCUACGUGCCAAAACCAGAACCUACUCUGACAGCAUUACCACAAAGACUUACACAGAAACCCUCAGUCAUGUGACCUGAGGAAAGGACCAGUCACAUGCUCUGCUGCCGUCGGCUGGUCUGUUUUAUUUUAAUUUUUUUGUUACCGCAGCAUUUAUCAUGUUCAGAUUUGCCAAAUGUCAAAUAUACUGUGUGCUAUAACUGAAUUUUUUAUCUAAUUAAUUGUUCAUUCACAUCUGACUUGUCAAAGCAGACAAAAAACCCACACAGUCAAAUUUUUAUUAACAUCUAUGGUCCAUAAACUACUCUUGGAUAACAUGGUGAGCAAAGAGCCCAACCAUUUGCCAACUGUUCACAGCCACAGCAAUGGCAACCCAGACAAAACACCCACCACCGUGACUGUGCGCUCAGUGCUCCUCAACCGGAACUCUCCAGAUAUUGAAAGCAGACUUAAGCGGAGACGAAAUCGCACACAGCAGGUACGCUUUAAAGAUUUGGAGGAUGAUGAUAAGUCUAAGGAUAAAAAUGAGAAGACGAGGAGUAAGAGCCCAACAGAGGUUCCAAACUGGCAGAAAGAGUUGACAAACGGGCCCUCGCUGGUGGGGGCAGUCCGUGGGGACAUGGAAAAAACAAUUGGAGCAGUGACAGCAUUUUUGAAGAGAGCGCCACCGCACCCACUUACCCCUGGGCCUACCAGACGCUGCUGGGUCCCAACGCAUCCAUGUUCGCUCACACUGCCGCUGCCAACUCAGCCAUGCAGGAGUACAGCCAUCCAAACCUCACCCAGUUUGCAGAAGCCUCCCUCGCUCUCUGCCACGCAAACUCGCAGUCACAGCCUGGGGGGAGCAUGGGAUGACGGAGACUCCUCCGAUGAGCUGACCGCACAGGUCUACGUUCCACCUUGUAGAUCACAGAAGAGCUCUGUCCAGCAUUGUACCCCUGCUGAGCAAUCAAGGUGUCAGAAAACUGAGGACAAUCAAACUGCCUCUGUGGGUACAUCAACACAACUCCAGCCAUGUUCUGCUGCGCCACAGAAACAGUCUAGAAGGAGAGGUAGGAGGAAAUCUUUAAACAGAGCAGCAAGUGAUCCUGGGAAACCUGAGCCUCCUUGUACUUCUCCAACUAAAACUGUGCACAGAAGCCACCAACAGUCUAACCAACUCAAGAAGCUUCCAUCCAAAAUUUUGGCACACAGAACUUCAUCAGAUAUCGUGCCUCCGCAGCGUUCCCCCACACCCAACACAGUUCGUAAUACACCAUGUGGUGUCUCUUCCACACAGACUGAAGCAAGCAGUGAUUCAAAAAUCCAAACUGUCCCAGAUAACACAACCUCUGAGGUAGACCCUGCAUCUUGUCCAUCUCACACUGCACCACCUCCAUCAACCACAUGUCCCAAAGAAACAUCACAAUGUUUCCCACCGCAGGCUGCUGCGGAGAACAUCAGUUUGACCCCCACUGUACCAGAGCCUUUGUGCACUACUACAGCACAAGUCAUAUCCACUGUCACCACAUCCUCAACCCAUGGGCAAUCAUGCAUGUCUCCUAUUGAGUCUACAGGGCGUUGUUGCACACCUGAUAUUCAGAAUAUGGCAAAUUGUAAGACUCCCCCAGUACCCGAGUCCCAAUGCAUUCCAGAUUCACAUACAGAUCCCACAACUCCUGCUCAAUCCAUGCCUUGUUUCCAGAUGUUGGAGGAAACCAUUCCAUGCUCCAACAUGGCUGGCUCCAAGGCAGCGUCCUGUUCUCAAGGAGCACCUGCAGUUGCCUCUAUGUUCAAUUCCACACAGCCAUGCCAGAAGACUCCAACACAACCCAUGGCAUGUGUUAACACCUCAAAUCAACCUGUGUACUCUGUGAUAUCUCCAACACAACCUGUAACUCCAAUUCAGUCUGUGCCAAGAUGUAUGAGUCCUAAACAGAAUGAGCCAUUGGGUAGGACCCCUACCCUUCCUGUACAGACUCCUAUAUCAGUCACACACACCCCAGCACCCGUUCAGCCUUCAUCAUCUUGUAAAAUUCCAGUGCAGUCUAUACCAUACUGUGUCAAAGACAAACCAGCAACCUUUGGCUCUCCCACUCAACCUAUGGCACAUCAUAAGUUUCCUACACAAACCCUCCCUCACAAUUUGAUGUCAUUUUCUCCCGAGCAGUCCUGUGCCACUACUCCACACCCUGCUUCACACUUUAAGGGCCCCGUUGCAGUUACGGCACAAGCCAUUCCUGUUGCAAAAACUGCAGUACAUUGCAUUUUGGAUCAACAGAAUGUGGCAACCCAUGUGACUCCUUCCAUGCCAAUUCUGAUUUGUAGCCCUUCCACACAACCUGCGGCAGGUAAACUUUCUGUCCAAGCAUUGCCACACUGCAACGCUAGUAUGCAAAAUGCAGUGUCUUGCAGUAAUCCCUCUCAAAUCGUGCAACACUUUAAGAUGCCUACUCAAACAGUAUCGCACUCGAAAUCAUUUCCACAAAACAUGUCACCUGUUCUCUGUCCACGCGAGGUAAUGAUGUACACUAAUAAACCCCAGGAAACUGUGCUUCCCUCUGCUAAUUUCAGGCAUUCUUUACCUCCUUACGCCUGCCCUCCACAGACUACUCUGCUGUACUCUAACGCUGGGGUAAGCCCCUCCCCUCCUCAGGCCUUCUGCUGCACUCAGGACAGACGAGACAGGAGAGAGUUCAUGCUUCCUCCCCCACCACCACCUCCUCCUCCGUACACCCCCCGGAAAGAGGGUUCUUCUACUCCUGGACAGCCCCGUAAGCCUCCUGUCCCCAAAGCUGAGAGCAACAGUGCUGAAAAGGACAGAGUGAAAACUGGGUUAGUGAAGCCAAAUGCUGAAGCAGGAACUCACCAUCAGGCGGGUGAAACCCCACCUCCUAUCCCUCCCAAAACUAAGGCAAGAGCUACGGUGAGGCCCACCUGUUUAAGUGGCCGACGGGCGAUCGUCGGCCCAGAAUCCCAGGCCAGUGCAAACCACUUGCCUCCUGCUGGGGGGACAAACCCUCAGGCCCCCCUUGGACCAGCGGAGGGCCAAGCGGACACUCUGCGGCAGGUGCAGGAGCUACUGGGGGGGCUUAUGUCUGGGGCUAAGUGUAAGCUGGACCUGGCAAAGGCAAAAGAGAAACUGUUUGGCCCAAACGGCCCUCUGUACGACAUUGGGGCUCUGCAGUCUCAGCUGCACAGCCUGGAAGGGGUGUUGGAGACCAGCCAGAACACCAUCAAGGUUUUACUGGACGUCAUUCAGGAUCUGGAGAAGAAGGAGGCAGAGCGAGAUGGAAGACACUCGUACCGAACGGGACAGGACAUUGAGAACUGUGGCACAUGCAGAGACUGCGCCUGUAUCAUAUACAGUGUGGAGCAUGACUUCCGGCUUCAGGAGGGUCAGGUGACGCGAGCGUGGAAGGUCCCGGAGCAGCAGGAGUCGGAGCAGAGCUCUCCUCAGCUGGUCUUUCCUCUUCCACGCCAGCAGGACUCUCCACAGGCCCUCCAGACGGUCAAGAAGAGCCGCAGGAAGUGCUUCUGGUUCCUGUGAACUCUUUGAUAGCAGGACGUGACAUCAUUAGUCAACAAAGACGGUUUCCAACCAACUCUAAGCCUCUUCUCUUCCGGUCCUCUGGUUUAACUUGUUUGGAGGCACAUCAUUCGCUUGACGAGGAGCCUUUAUUUAUUGUCUUUUUUAAAAUCAAGAUUAAUGGAAUUAAAGGCUGCUCGCUUUGAUUUUUCAGAUUCAUAGUCCAUGGAAAGAAUUUAAAAAGUCCUUCAGGCUCAAAAAUGUCCUUUAAACAAUAUUUCACCCCAAAUCAAAAUUUUGUCAUUAUGUCCUAUUUUCAUUCCUUGAAAGUGCCGUAAGUGUUUUCUUAUGGAAUUACAAGUUGAGUGUUUCUGAUUGUUGACCAAUCAGAAACGCUCUCGAGCUGUCAGUCAUUUUGAGUGUUUGUUUUUGUCAUUGGAAAAGAGAGGACUGCAUCUAUUUAUUCUGAUUUGAUUUUCCAGAUUUAUAGUUCACGGUGAUAAUUUGUGUGUCAAAAACGGAGAAGGGGCUUUUUGUUGGUUCAUGUACCCUUUGAGCCAAUACUUACUACCUGAAAAGGUAGGCAGCGAUUGAUACACAGUUACAGCAGGAGACGGGACACAUUAAAGAGAGAUCGAUGAAAGAGGAAUUACAGGUAAGAAAUGGAAGCAAGAUUACGGAUUCAUCAUUUUGGAGCAAUGAGGGUCAAAACACCAGCUUUUAUACUAUGAAAACCUUUCAACAAAUCAAUUAUUCCACAUGCUUAAUGCUUUUAUGUAGAUGAUCUAACAACUAUACACGCACGGCGAUAUUUAAGGCAGAGAUAUUGGGAGAAAGUGAAUUUAAGGAGUGUGUCAUUUCAUUCUUUGUGAAUGCUUAAUUUCAGAAUCCAUUAAAAGCUCUAUAAAAUAUUUUACUACACAAAAAAACUG